UAGCCCUUCUUUUCACGUACUCUCCUGAUGGUUAUGCAAAAGUCGCUAGUUGCUAAUGUCCCAACGCCCUUCCGGCGGAUUGUCGCGUAUGUCUUCGCCGCGACGCUUCUUAUUCGUAUACCGUGCUGGAUUCUUGUCAAUCUGUUGCCCGCAUGGAGACCGAGAAGGAGUUGGACCAUAAGGAAGAGUGUUGGCGUGAAUGUGAUAAGGUAUUUGUUUGAGGGAUUGGGAAGAUUCGGAAUGGAUUGUCUCUUCUAUCGACCGACGCACAAGAAACUCGAAACGGGAAGAGGAGCUAAUGGUGUAUACGUUGGUGCAGUACCUGAACUCAUCACAGGCCAAGUCAAAGAAUGGGCCGAGAAAGCCAACGUUCAGUCUGUCCAACUCCCGGGGUACUGGAUGCACAAGAAAGGUCUCACCAUCCCUGUCGAACAGAAACCUUCUCCUGACGAGAAGGUAGUGUAUUUCUUACACGGCGGCGCCUACAUCACACUCUCUGCGCAUCCAAAAUCGCCUACCUCCAUUAUUCCGCUUGGUUUCCUUAAGUUCAUCCCAGAGGUGAAACGAAGUUUUGCGAUCGAGUAUAGGCUGUCGAGUAUCCCACCCGAACCGACUGAAGGACCGUUUCCGUCGGCUCUUAUCGACGCAAUUGCAGGAUAUGUCUACUUGAUAAAUAAAGUAGGGUACAAACCAGAACAAGUGAUCGUUGCAGGAGACUCAGCAGGCGGGAACCUCGCACACGCCUUAACGCUCUACCUAUCCUCGCAUAAGGGAAAAGUUGAGGGCCUUCCCGAUGUACCCGGCGCUCUUAUCUUGAUAUCACCCUGGACAGAUAUGAGUGGUUCACACAAUACGCCAACGUCGUCCGUAAUCACGAACCUCAAGUCGGACUACCUCAAACCACCGAGUGAACCGUAUUCUGUCGACGCUCCCACAGCAUUCAUUGCACCCUUCGGGAAAGAAUUCACGUCGCAAACAGCUUACAUCUCUCCGGCGUCUAAACAACUCCCGGCAUCUUCUCUUGAUUAUAGCGGGUUCCCAAAGACGUUCAUCACUGCUGGCGACGCAGAAGUCCUCCUAGACCAGAUUCGCGAGUUGAGUAAACGGAUGAAGGGAGGGAUGGGUGAAAGGGUUGUCUAUUACGAGGCGAAGGAUGCGUUCCAUGAUUAUUUGUGUAUUGAUUUUGCAGAGCCUGAGAGGAGCGAGACCCUCAGAGCCAUUGCAGAUUUUGUUAAGGGUGGAGAGGCGGACGAGAGAGCAUAGAGGGAGUUCUUCAGAUUUAUUCAUAUUUUUG